UAAAGUAAUAAAUCUAUUCCUGGAGAAGUCUCCUUAGAUAAACUAAUAAAUGUAUUCCUGGUGUAAUUACCUUGGAUAUGACCAUAAUUGUAAAAGUAAAAUAUAUUUACUGGGCCAUAACUGGGUGUUUUAAUAUAGGGCAGAAGCCCAAGGAAGUUCCGAGCGCAUGCCGCGUUUAAUUACAAGAUAGAGAGAGAACCUAUUCAAGUUGUGGUGCUCGGCCCACUAGCCUGUCCCAGCCGCGGUCCUCAGUCCCAAAGCCUGUCUUAGCCGCAGCGCUCGGCCCUGAAAGUAUCUUAACCAACCCUUACCCUAAAAUAUACUAAUCUCUAUCUUUCUUGUAACUCAACGCGGCAAGUGCACGUUACUUCCUUGGGCAACUACCUUUAGCCUGACUUUGAUGAUAGUUUAUGUUUAACAUUGUUUCAACAUUACGCUUAACUAUAAGCUUUUCACGACGUUUUCUAUUACAGCUUGAAUUUGAUGAUGCUUUUAGAAAACAUAUAGACAUUUUCUAAUAGUUUAUUUUAAAGAUGGUAAUUUUAGCUGAAAUUUGAUGAUAAUUAUGAUAACACGUUAGUAAACAUUUAUCCUAAAAAUGUCUCCAUAUUUAUGUGUUCUUUCCCAGCCAAUUACAAUAUUUCAGAAUAAACAUUAGAAAAAUAUUUUAGAUACGAUGGUUGCCUUGAAUAUGGAAACCAACAGCCAUGAGCUGAGGGGUUGAGCGAGAUUAAAGAAAGUCUGCUCUAUUCAUCUCUCUGGUGUAAAGAGAACUACUAAGCUAAAAAUUCAAUAUGCGGAACUUGAGAAUACCCAGAGCAGUGAAGGUACCUGGAGGUAUUCUUGGUCUUAUCAUCCUUUACUGGAUACUCUACAGGGAUACUAAACCAGAUGAAAGCAAAACAACGAUCUUCGAUGUUGCAUCAACAAAUUUUAGAUACCCGCACUCCUAUCCUUACCUAACCCAACCUGGAGCUGGAUUGUGUGGGACAGAUAAGGUUGAAGUUCUCAUCAUGGUUUCUUCAGCCCUAAAACACACUGAACGAAGGAGAGCUAUCAGGGAAACAUGGGGAGCUUCCUCAAAUCUUAUUCCUCAUAAUAUUAAGAUAUUUUUCAUGCUUGGAACCACACAGGAGUUGAACCCAACCCUGGAGUCAGAUCUUUUAAAGGAGUCUCUAGAGUUCUCCGAUAUAGUCAGAGAACAGUUUAUUGACUCCUACUCAAACCUGACUCUAAAAUCAAUUGGAGGAAUUAAAUGGACAAGACAAUUCUGUUCUCAGGCGAAGUUUUUUAUGAAAACAGAUGACGACAUUUACUUGAAUAUUCCCAUGCUCAUCCGGUUCCUACGCAGCGCCGAACCAAGAUCACGAGUAAUUCAUGGUUGCGUGAAGAACGGACCCCAGGGAUCUCACCAGCCUAUAUCUGUAUCCGGAGCAAGCUUCACUUCCGUCCAUCCACCCUUCACUGCUGGAGCUGGAUACAUUAUAUCCGGAGAUAUUAUUCAGGAACUAAGCAAUGCAAGUCAAAAUAUCAAAAUUAUCAGAGUAGAGGACGCAUUUCUAACUGGUCACUGUGCCUCUAGAGUAGGAGGUAUUCAGAGAGUACAUAAUAAUAUAUUCAGCUGUGGACAGCUUGUUAACAGGAACUGUGAUAUGAAGACAAGAAUAACUGGGCACAAGAUUACUUCAGAAAGGAUGAGAAUUAUACAAGAUGAACUUGAGAACAAUAUUUGCUAAGACCGGAGAGAGAAACCAACAGAAUGAGAUUAAAUCAUUCAAAAUGAAGAUUUAAGUUUGUCAACGCAUUUUUGUUUUGCUUAAGGAUAAAUAAAUAUUUUUAUUCUUUAUUAUUAAAAAUACAUUUUUU